UAUAUUGUGCAGGAAAUAAAAAGUAAAGUAUAUAUAUCAUCGUUACCGGAAAUAUUGGAUCGUCUGGUACAGAGGAAGAUUUAUCAUUCUACCAUUAGUUGAUAAUUAUGGCGGAGAAGCCGAAAUUAGACCCAAAGGACUAUCAAGGUGGUAGAGCAUUUGGUCAGUUGAUGGAAGACAGAGAAGCUGCAUUAGAAGCAAUAAAUAAGGAUUUUUUAGAAGAUGAUAAGUAUAAAGAGGUAGAAGAUAUAGAAGAGAAGUUACAGACGUAUAAAAAUAAAUUCCUAGAAUUUGAUUUGGACACUUCUGGUGAUAUCGAUAAAAUGGGUUUAAAACAAAUGCUAGAAAAGUUAGGACAACCAAAAACUCAUCUUGAACUGAUGAAAAUUAUCAAAGAAGUGGAUACUACAGGAUCCGGUACUAUAAGUUAUCAAGAAUUUCUAUGGAUGAUGUUAGGAGGGAAAAGUUCUAUCUUAAGAUUAAUUCUUUUCUUCGAAAACGCCGCCAAAGACGCAGACAAGCCGCAUGGGAUAGCACCUAAACGGACAUUAAGUAGCUUGCCAUGAACGUCGACAAGAUUUCUUUUUUUUGUCUAUAUUUUCUACAUGUAUGUCUUAUGCGUAUAAAACUGUACUAGAACAUUAAAAUCAACCUAGUCUUUAACUGUCAUUUUUACUGAAAUAAACGACAAUAUAUCAAUUUAUUGUUCAAUUAUAAACCGUCGAUGUAAUUUUCCAAUGAUGAUGCUUUGGUCAUAUAAAAGUUUUAAUAUUGA